AUGAAUGAAUCAAUAUUAAAUCAUUUGUUCCUUCCACAUUAUCUACCAUCGUCUGCCGACGAUGAUUUUUUAAUUAAAUCCAAUCAUCAACAUGAAUAUAUGAUAUUAGAAUAUAUGAAAGAAUAUUUGAAUCUGUUUGAAUCAACAAAUGAUACGAAUAAAUUGUCAAUAUUUUCAGUGCUCAUUAGUUGUGUUAAACAUUGGUCUAUUUUACAAAAUCCUCAAACUUUUACCGAAGCGAAUUUACAAUCCAUUAUUACGCAAUUAACUCCAGGAAGUUUUCUUCCACUCUAUUUCCAUGCUCAGAAUGCUGCAAUUCUAAUUGAAAUUGAAGAAAACAAUAUUCACCAACCAUUAAUUUCAUCUUGGCAAGUCUUAUUACCAACUGCAGAAAUUACUUCUUCUCUUGUUCCUCAUCUCUCUUGUUUUCCAGUGACAACAUACAGAUUAAAUGAUCGAUCUCACUUGAGCUCCCAAGUUCAUUGUGAAUUGUUGAUGGAUUUUAUGUAUAACACCAUUGAAUAUUCCAAAUCUUAUAAAGCUUAUCGGCAAGUAGAUGAAAUACGUGAUGUACCAGAAUCACAUUAUGUAUGUCAAUGGUGGAUUCAACAAUUUCAAGGAAUUAAAAUAGAAAACAAUUCUAAUCUUUCUAUCCAAUUUAAGAAAAAACAUCGUGAUCAGAUCAGAUGGAAUAAUGCCCAGAUACCUUUUCGACGUUCUGGCUUAUGGAUGACUAUCAAAGUAGUAUUUCAUAUUAUUCUCUCUAAACACUAUCAAAGUGCAGCACUAAACCAUUAUUAUUCAGCUAAAGGUUCAACAGAUCCAAUAGGUUAUAGUCGAUUUAUAUUAACAUCUUUAACAAUCAUUCGCUCAAUGAAUCAAAAAUUAUGUAACGAUCCAAGAUUUGAACGACUGAAACAACAUUCAAUUUAUAUUCCUAAUCUUAUGAGCCUAUUUCAAUUUUUGGUCUUGCCGAAUCGAGAUGAUAUGAUUCGAGUUCGUGAUCUCUGCGAUUAUUUCCAUGAAUUUAGUAAUAAAUCAUAUCCCGAUCUUUUAACAAAUAUAGAUUGUGCCAAUGCAUUUGGUGUUUAUUAUGCUUCUGAGUCAUCGACAAUGAACGACAGUAUAAAGAAAAUUAGAGCUCAAGCUGAAACGGAUAAACAACAGAAAAUACUGGAAGUCAACAAUGCGAAAGAAAGAUACGCACGCCUUACGAAUUCAAUAGUCGACCUUUCUUGUUCUUGUGGUUAUGACUAUGAUCAUCGCUAUUAUAGGACAUGCGACAAAUGUCAAAUUAAACAAGAAGCGCAAAGCAUUAAAGUAGAGAUUUACGAGUGUCCAUUACCAUCCAAACACGAACAAGCACUGGCUGUUAUUUUUGAAUUACAAAUGCCCAUUGAAAUUCGAAGUUAUCGUGAUAUCAUCUGGCAAUUUGUAAAUCGACCAAAACCACACCCAGAACAUCAAAUGUAUGAAUGGUUAAGUGUUCUUCCUCAUACCAGAAAGUUAGGACCAUACUAUACAGGUCCAAGCGAUUGUAAAGUGAAAGUAGUAUCAUCCACUUCACCAGUAACCCAAACUCACUAUUCUUGUCCACCUUCCAUUGAAAUCGCAUCCAUCAGUGACUUUUUAUUCGAAAAUAGUUUGAAGGCUCAAAUUUCACCCACACAACCAAUUGAAUUCAAGGAUGAAUGUCGUAUAUUAACACCUCAACUUAAUCAUCCUGAUUACAAACAAUUACAAUUUACGAUAGAUACCACACAAUUCGAACAAAAUCAUGUCAUUGCUAAACUAUCGGAUUGCUCGGCAUGCCUAAAACCUACCCAAUUUGUUGAAUUUGGUUCAUUUCGAUCAGGUCAUCGUUUACAAUGGUGGAACUUGUUAGCGAUGCUUGAAAUGGAUUCGUUGCCUAUAGCUGAAGAAAGUGUAACAGUACUGAUCACACAUUCAAUAUUGCAACAUGGCCCAUUGAAAAUAGAUCAACGUUCACCCUAUCAUCGUUUAGAUGAUUGUGAAUUAAAUUGGCAAAACGAAUUGGUAUUAGUAGUAGUUACAAUGAUUACUAUGAGAAUGUUAACUAUUUGUAAUUCAACACGAGAAGAUAAAGUUGCUAAUUUAGCAAUAAAAUGUCGUAGAAUUGGUGAAAAAUGGAUUGAUCUUAUUUCAGAAACUAUUCAAUCUAUGUAUUCUUUAGCUUUUAAUGAAGCGGAAAAUCUCCGUUUAAAAAUGGCAACUAUUGGUAUCUCAUGUACAUUAACAUUUUCAACUCAUUCAGAUCGAAUACACUGUUUAUUAUCAUCGAAUGAACAUGUCGUAUCUCUACUAAAAGCGGCAACUACUAUUCAUGAUAAUAUAAUUCUAAACAAGACUCAAUCUAAUAUAAGUACAUUUAUAAUAAAUCUUAUGAGAUUUAGCGAACGUACAUUAGUGAUGGUACAGCCAAUCAUCGCCGAAUUUCUUCAAAAAACUUCCUAUCAAAGUUUAAAUAAUUUCGCUGCAAUCUAUUGGGCUGUCAUUAGAAGCAAAGGUACUAUGAAUGGACAAUGGCAAAAACGAACAAAAGAUGUUUAUGAUGGUUGGUAUGAUUGUCGAUAUGAGUCAAGAUAUAUAUCAAUUAAUUGUAUCAAAGGAACCUUUUUAAUCGAUAACAUGACCAUAGGAUUUUUAUCUGAAAACAUUACAACUAAUGAAUUAUUUCUACGUGUAUUUGGUAAUCAUAUAUUUGAAGUACAAUUAGCUGAAUCACCUAAAACUUAUAUUACUAAACAUUCCUAUCAUGGUAAUGGAAAAGUUCAAUAUGAAUUUCAUCUGAAUGAUCAAACCAAGAACUUAAUAAUUACUGAACGACAUAUAAUGACAAAUGAGACAUUUCAAUUGAUUCCCCAUAGUCAUUUCCAGACAGAACUGCCCGAUACUUUCGUCUCCAGAUACAGUCAUUGGCUAAAUACAAGAAGCCAAAUAGUCGAAUUUCGACCUAUUCAUUUUAAAGAAGCUGAUUUUUUAGAUUAUAAACCUUAUGUUCUAUCAUUAACAACGGGAUAUAUUGUUACUACCGAUAUAAAUAAUGAACAAAAAUUAGUUAAUCAAUCAUCGACAUUGUUUGAAACUUUAUUUACUCAAUACUUUGUACGUUUGGAUAACAAGCCCUAUGUUUAUAUGAUGAGCGAAUGCAGUUCUCAAUCUGAUAUUAUUAUUCAUAUCCAUUUAUCUCGUUUAGGAAUUGCUUUUAAAUACAAUGCUACAACAAAUAUCAUAACGUCUCGUGAAUAUUCAGAUAUGUGCAUCGAUCAAGAUCAAUGGUUAGGAACAUUAACGGGUUUGACAUCUGGUCUUCUUUUAUCACCAUUACCAGUCAAUCAUUGCAGAUUGGAUCAUUAUCCAUAUAAAAAAUUGAUUGUACCUUUUGGCACGAUUCUAUGCGCAAGAAAUCAGUACAACACUCAUCAAACUGUUACCGUACAGCGACCUUCUUCAAUGUUGUUCUCUCAUCAAUACUUUGUUUUUAUUCUCAACAAUCGUUUAAAAAUACUUCAAUCGACAGAUAGUCCUACCGGAUGGCUUUAUUUAGCAUUGUUACAUGCAAUGACGUCUCAUCCUUUACCAGAUCACUAUACUGGAAUGACUGGAAUGGAACGAGCCUUUCAAUUAUUAUAUUCAGCUGGUUGUUGGUCGGAUGAACCAUUUGAUGAACUAUCUUUAAAUAUUCUUGGGCGAAUUGCAUCUAUUUCACCCAAAGUCAACUAUUAUCCCGGAUAUCUCACUUGUAUGGAAAAAAUAGACUGGAAUUCAAAUGGUCUACCCUAUUCGAUGCAACAUUUUGGUUAUUAUUUAAUAGCAAAAAAACUAAUCGACAGUAGUCAACUAUUCAAUUUUAUGUAUCCAUCACUGAUGUCAAAUGAGACGCCGAAACUAUUUGAAGGAAAAAUAUACAAUGAAAUGUUAUUGAAAAAACUAUAUUGCGACUAUCGAGAUUCAUAUAAUCCAACAGCUAGAUUAUCUACAGAGAUGGAGGCUGACAUAUUGGAUACUGGCUCAGUGACAUUAUAUCAUCCGGCUUCGGAAUAUUGUUCGCAUAUCACUAACUACAGUGCUGUUCGUCUUGUAGACGAUCUAUAUAAUAAUGGAGAUGUAGAUCUUAGAGACUGUUCGAAACAGCAUUGGUUACCCUUGUCUCAAUGGCUGGCUGUUCAAAAUGAUUUGAAAAAUAUUUGGAUUGGUUUAUUAGAAUUGGCUAACCGUAUUAAAACAGAAGCAGAUGGGAAGAAUACAGACGACAUUCAACGAUUCGAAGGCUUAAUAAAAUUUCUUCAUUAUAUCUCCGGCAAACGUAAAACCAAACCAUUUUAUUUGCAAAUGUUAAAGACAGCAUUGAAGGCUCCCACCAUAUCGUUAACAUCCAUUGAAUUUCCUCGUUUUAUUUCCUAUGAGAAUAUUGAAGAAGUUUCGGUGCUAAAGGAGAAUGUCGAUUUUAUCAGUGAUCUUACUUCACGUCAAAAAAACACAAUUAUUAGAGGUAUGAAAUACUGUUUCGCAAAUGAAGAUAAUUUCGAAGAUCACAACAAUCUACUAUCUCGUCGAAGAGUAACUAAAAUCAACAGGUUAUUGAAAUCAUGGAGAUCUAAUCAAAAACUUCAAUUGUUUUUAAACUCAGUUCAAACUUGUAUCUGUUCUGUUCCGAUAGAACAAUUUGAUACUAAAGUAUCUUAUAAUCCUCAGCAGUUUACACUUGAAUCAUGCAAUGAUCAUUAUCAAAUACGAAUCAAAACUACAGAUAAAUCAAUCGACCCAACACUUUUACGAAACGCAGAACAAAAAUUUCAUCAUCUUAAUUUACAUCCUUUUAAUAAACCAACUAAAUCUAUUCAAACCACUAAUCAACUAAAGGAAUUUUCACAGGGAAUUUUUCCUUCUAUCGACAAUCAAAAUAAUCCUCCAAGUGAAAUUACUAAUUAUUUUAAAAAACAAUUAUCUGAAAGUUGGAACAAACUUCUAUCCGACACUGAAUAUGAAAAAGAAUAUCCUUCUAUUGAAGAAAUGACUCAACUUCUCAAUUUAUUUCGAGGCGAAACCACACACUUAUGGAAUGAGUUAUUCAAAUCUAUUACAGUAUUCAAUGAACAAUUAUUUAAAACAGGUCUAGCUUUACGAAUCAUGCCAACAACUCUCAUACCUCUACUUCAAGAAAAAGAUUCACAUCUGAAAAAAUCUUUUUCAUUUGAAUUGACUAAGAAUCAGUACACAUUACUCGGUGGUAUUAUUGUCAAUUGGACAUUAGAACAACAAAUGGAACGAAGUUUAUAUUUCGCCAUUCAUGAAAAAUAUGAAGAUUUUAAAAAAGAAAUAUCGCAAAUACCACAUUCGAAUUGGAAACCGUCUGAACAUAUUUCUUGGCUAAUCUUAGAAUUAGAAAUGAAUAUAACUAUUCGAGAAAUUCAAAUAAAAGUAGCAAAUCAUAUGAUACAACCAAAUAUGAAAACAGAUGAUUCAACAGUACAAAGUAUAGUGAUGCAAAUGAAUAUGGGUGAAGGAAAAACGUCAGUUAUUUUACCAAUGUUAGCUGUUAAUUUAUCUUCAUCUAAUUCCAGUUUAGUUCGUAUUAUAGUACUUAAAUCAUUAUUUUCGACCAAUUAUCAAUCAUUACGUUAUAAAUUAGGUGGUUUACUUAAUCGGCGUAUAUUUCCACUUGCUUGUCGUCGUGACAUGAAUUUUAAUGAUCAACAAAUUAAUCAGAUUUUGAAACGCUUUGAACAAGGAUUACGUAAUUGUGAUAUUAUAUUAACUUCACCGGAAGAUAUCCUUUCGUUUGAUUUACUAACUAUUGAUAAAUGUCGACGAAAUGAAUUCGAUGUUGGUCGUUCUAUGUUAACAGUUCAACGAUGGUUAAAAACCUAUGCUCGUGAUGUAUUAGAUGAAUCUGAUGAAAUUUUACAUGUUAAAUAUCAAUUAAUUUAUACUGUUGGUGGUCAACAACAAGUCGAUGGAGGUGUAGAACGAUGGAAAACCAUUCAAUCAAUUCUUCACUUAGUCAAAAAACAUGCUGAAGAUAUAUCAAAAACUUUCAAGGAAGAAACUUGCUAUAAAUCGCCUGAACGAAAAAGUGCUUUUCCACAAUUUCGACUACAAUCCCAUGAACCAUUUCCAUUACUCUGUCAAAAAAUUGCAAAUGAUUGGAUUGAUAGCAGAAACUAUCGUUAUAUAGAUAAGGCUACUAUUUUAUCGUUUAUUUUAGAACCAUAUUCAUCAAUUGAACAUCUCAUUAAUAAGUUUCUACGUCUUGAUAUUCAAUUAUUUCUCAUUGUUCGUGGUUUAUUGUCAUCCGAAGUAUUGUUAGUUGCUUUAAAAAAACGAUAUCGAGUUAAUUAUGGCAUCAAUCCAAGUCUUACUUUUAAUCGUUUAAUGGCUGUACCAUUUCGUGCUAAAGAUGUUGUAUCUGAUCAAACUGAAUUUGGUCAUCCAGAUGUUGCCUUAGUAUUAACACAUCUCUCCUAUUAUUAUUCAGGUUUAAAUGAUCUACAGUUAUCUCAAUGUUUUGAUCGUUUAAAUCAAUCAGAAACGGUUCCUGCAUCGAUUUAUGAUCAAUGGAUUUUAUUUGAAGAUGAAAAUGGCAUACCAACUGCUAUCAAACAAUGGAAUGGAGUUAAUUUACAAGAUUAUGAACAACGAACUCGUUAUCUGUUUCCUACUUUUCGAUAUAAUAUAUUAACUAUUAAUUAUUUUCUAGAUUAUUUUGUAUUUCCCCGAGAAGCAAAACAAUUUCCAAAUAAAAUAGUUUCUUCAGCAUGGGAUUUAUCAUCAUCAUUACGAUCAAAAAUUAUUACUGGAUUCAGUGGAACGAAUGAUACACAAUUAUUACUUCCUGUUCAUAUUCGUCAAUAUGAUUUAGCAGAACUUCAAAAAACAGAUGCAAUUGUUGUUAAUAAUUUAUUACAACCUGAAAAUGAAAAAUAUCAAUCUUUAAUCAUGAAUAGCACAUCAGAAAAUAUUUUAAAACAAAUUAUCAGCUACAAAGAAACUAUUAAUGUCAUUUUAGAUGUUGGAGCAUUAUUCAUUGACAGAACCAAUCGAGAAAUUGCUAUUAAGUGGUUAAAUCUAUCUGAUAAAAACAAGAUCGAUUAUGUUGUUUAUUUUGAUAAUGAUUCAAUCGUUGUUUGUGAUCGUCAAUAUUAUCAUUGUCCAUUUAUAAGAUCACCUGCAAGUGAACGAUUGGAUUAUUGUAUAUUUUAUUUAGAUGAAAUUCAUACUCGAGGAACUGAUUUUAAAUUUCCGGUAGGUUUUAAAGCCGCUGUAACAUUAGGAAAUAGUUUAACAAAAGAUCGAUUUGUUCAAGCAUGUAUGAGAAUGAGAAAAUUAGGAAAUGGUCAUUCAUUAACAUUUUGGAGUUCACAUGAAGUUCAUCAACAAAUUAAAACAUUGAAACAUAAUUCACUUAUUAUCAAACAUAAAAGAAAAAAAAGCGAUGGAUUGAUCAAUUUGAUUGACAUCCUUCGAUGGGUCUAUGAAAAUACUCAACAAGCAACUUGGGAUGGAUUACAUCAUUGGGCUGCUCAAAGUUUAAGCUUUCAACGAAAAAUGUCUGCAUUUCGACAUAUUCAAUGGAAUAAUCAACAGCAAUCGUUUACCAAUACGAUCAUGGAAGAAUUGGCUAAAGAAUGUUUAGAACCUGAAAUUAUUGAACUAAUACAUAUGUAUGGUGCUUCGAAAAAACUUCAAACAGUAUUCGAAAUAUAUUAUGCUCGACAUCAACAGAUUAAUCAUUAUUUAUUUCAAGAAAUUGAAAAUGCAGUAUUACAACGAUUACAAGAUUAUGGUGGAACAAAACAACGUUUAUCACAAUUGCUAGAUGAAGAACAACAAAGAGAAUUAGAACAAGAAUUAGAAGAAGAACGUCAAUUAGAACGUCCUUUACCUGCCGUUCCAUGUGAACCUACUCUACACGAGGAAAUUAAACGUUUGUGCGAUAUGAAUAGUAAUAUUAUGAAUUUAAAACAAUAUCCUAAUGUAUUUCGUCAGUUACCCUAUGCUUUCGCAGAUACAACAUUUUUUAAUGAUUGUCAAUCUGAGCAUUGGGAAAAAAAUUUUUGGAUUUCCACUGAAUUUCAACGUGUUAUUAAGACUAAAGGAGAAUCAUUAAAUCCAUUUUUACGUCCUCCACGAUGGAUACUAGUAUACCGAAACAAACACUUAAUUUUUCUCAGUGCUCUUGAAGCCAAUUGGUUGAUAGGUCGUUUAAACUUUCUUUAUCAUGAACGACAAUUCAACAGCCCAUCGAUGACUACAUUACGUUUACUAUUACCUCGUAUUAAACGAAUUCAAUCAGUCUUUGUGAAUACUCCAACUCUUACAAUUCCUCCGUUACUUGGACAUUCCAAUGACGCUGUUACUUUCUUCAUACCACUCGAAUGGUUGGUUCAGUUAUUUAUCUUUAAUGGUACUCUUUAUUUUGAAACGGUUGAUGAACAAACAGUAUAUUGUCAAUGUUUAAGUUUAUGUCCCAAACCUCGAACGAAAAAAGAAGAAAAAGCCUUUGAAAAAGGUUGGAUUGAUGUUGAUGGCUUUGUCAGUAAUACUGUACAUCGUCAUACAUUAAAAAUAUGUCAAGUUCGCUUUCCUCUCAAUCUACUAACAUUUGUCAAACAGAUCACUGAAAAUCGAAAUAAUUCACAAGUAUCCAUAUCAUCACAUGUUGGUAGUAUUAUUCUUAAUUCACUCAAACUUAUUUAA